UUCUGCGACUGAGGUGGUAGUCUAUCGGACACCACCAAUCACAAAACACGUCGCCAAAUGGUAAUAUGGCGUGAUGCAGCUCUGUCUCGCUUAGUACCUUCCUGUAACGGCUCGCGCUAACGGUCAGUGAGGCGCGGGCAGCGCAGCGGUGUGUACGUUUGGAGUUAUCGACAGCCGGUGUCUCACAGACAUGGCGACUCAAAGCACAGAUAGUAGGGCACCAAAACGAGUCAGCAGUGGAAGAUAUACAAAUGAUGAUGAGCAGAUUGAGGAUUGGCUUAAUGAAUUAGAAGAAGAACACGAGUUUUGCGACUUUGAUGAUUCGGUAGAAGACCCUUAUUAUGUGGAAGAAAAUGUACAGCAAGAGGAGAACGAAGACCUCGAGGAACAGAAUAUCCAAUCGAGUGAGAGUGAUUUUAACUCUGAAGACGAGGAGCCCUUCAGCUUUUUAGUUUGUGGUGACCAGGAUGGUGCAAACUACAUUGGAAAAAACGGAUUUCUAUGGUCUAAGAAGGAAGGUCUAAGAAGUUCUUGUCCAGGCACCAAGCUGCGAAGAGGAGACUUUUUACUAUCUUUGGCAAGAGAAUUGGUUCUUCCUGGCUUAAAAGAACGCGUUUAUAAUGACAGAUUGCCCAGAGAACUCCGUCUUACUAUAACGUGAGUUUUAGGCAAUGAUUUGCCUCCCCCUCCACCCGUGGCUCAGCUACCAGGUCCUGCAGGAAGGAAACUAUGCAGCAUAUGCCCCAGUAGAUUGAAGAGGCAAACAAGGGACCACUGUUGCGCAUGCAAAAAGCCAAUUUGUCUACAAUGUUCUUCUCCACUAUGUCAAGACUGUAAUCUUACGCUUUAGAUUUAAGGUUAACUUUGAGA